AGCUAGCCAUGUUGUCUCAGACAGUUGAACCAAGCAGCGCUGCCUGCCAGGUUCCAAGCGCAGCGGGCAAUGGACUCGUGCCCCGCAGCAUCCCGCCAGCGCGCGGGUCGGAUUGCACGUCACGUUGCGGCGUGUGGGCCACGCCCUUGCACUGGCCCGACUAAAAAGAUUUUGUGGCCUGAGGGUUGCAUAGGAGAAAAUGGCCAGCGCAUUGCAGACAGCGGUGAGAAGCUGGGCGGGAAGGGGCUAGCCUUCAAGCGCACGCCCCUGCGCGUCGCGUUCGCAGACCCAGGCGCUGCGCACGACCGCUACGGAGGCUCGGACGCGCACGUAGUUCUGGAGGGCGAGCUUCUGCAACCAGCGGGAAGCUCGGCGGAGUCAGGAAGCACCGUGCUGAUGUUCAUGCAUCCGGGCGGCGUGUUGAGCUCACUCCCCAUUGUAAGCGGGCUCGCCAGGGCGGGGCUCCAUGUGUGCGCUAUGGCGAGCCGCUAUGGCAACAACGACUCGACGCUCAUCGUCGAGAAGGCGUGCGUGGACCUGGGCGCUGUCAUCAGGCACCUGAAGACGAAGCUUUCUUACACCACGGUGGUGCUCGUGGGCUGGAGCGGCGGGGGUGGCCUUGUCACACUUUACCAGAGCUUGGCGGAGCACCCCCAGGAGGAUCUUAGAACUCCAGCAGGCGAUGCCGUGGCAUUGCAGAACCUGCUGCCUGCUGAUGGUGUCGCGCUCCUCGCGGCGCACGCGGGCCGCGCUCGCAUUCUAAGCGAAUGGAUCGACCCUGCUGUCCUCAACGAGACAGACCCAGACGCACCUCGUGAUAGCAGCAUUGACAUCUAUGGUCCCGCCGCACCCAGUCCGCCCUUCUCAAACGAAUUCAUUGCCAGGUACCGGUCCGCGCAACAGGCAAGGGUCCGACGAAUCACCGCUUGGGUGACGGAGCGCUUGAGGCAGUUGCAGAGCGAACAGCCAGAAUCUGUCGGCGAUUGGCGCAGAGGGAGGCGCGAUGUCACUUUCAUGGUGCCGUGCACGCAGGCAGACAUCUCGAGGCUCGAUGCGACGCUCGACCCAAGCGAUCGCAUCCCAGAAGCAUUGGACGCGCUUGCAGAGGAGAACCACUCGCCCGUCGGGCUGGCACGGUUCACCACGCUGCGCUCGUGGUUGUCGCAGUGGAGCUUAGACCACUCCAGGGCAAACGCAGUAGCUGCUUUGCGCAAAAUCUCUGCGCCUGUGCUUGUGCUGGCAAACGGGGCAGAUCAUUUGGUGCCUCCAGCUCAUGCCCGAGACAUGUUCGACGCCAUCCCACACGCGAGGAAGCAGCUUCACAUUGUAAAGGGAGCGUCGCAUUACUACCUUGGGCAGCGGGCGGAGCUUCGAGAGGCCGUCUCCGUCUGCUGCUCCUGGCUGCUGGCAGAGGGCCUCCUGCCGGAGGCGGGCAGGCGAAUGCGCGAGUCCGCUUCAGAAAAGCUGGUGCCAGCACCUCUGACACUGGAGGAGCUUCGGCCUCUCACCAGCGGGCAGCUGACGACGCGGCUGGAGCUCAGGGGCAUCAACCACCUGGCCCUGGUCUCGUCGGACAUGAGCCGGACGACGCGGUUCGUCUGCGAGCAGCUCGGCAUGCCCCUCGUGAAGACGAUCGAGCUUGCGGGCGGUGCUGGGCAGCACUUCUUCUUCGAUGCGGGGAACGGCUGCUGCCUCGCUUACUUCUGGUGGCCGAACGCGCCACCCCCGGCCCCAGGCAUCGCAGCCCCGGUCGACAGCUCCAGGAUGGCCUCCGAGGAGGACACGCACACCGCGGUGGGCUCCAUGAACCACGUCGCUUGGGCCGUGCCGCCCGGGCGCCUGGCCGGGUACCGCAAGACGCUCCGGAGCCGCGGCGUGCAGUGCUCGCCGAUCCUGCACCAUGCCGACGUGCCGGAGGGCUACGUGGCGAAGCCCGGGGGGAGCACCACCUUCAGCAGCUUCUACUUCAGGGGCCCGGACGGCGAGUUCUUCGAGUUGACCGAGCAGCACCGGGGCUUCGGGCCCGGAGACGUGGCCCACGAGCCCAAGACGCGGGCGGAUGCCGAGGGGCCUUGACGUCGAAAAGGCCCACGGCAUCCAGCUACGGUGCGGUGUAACAAGCCCACACACGUCAUUCGAGUAUCAGUGCGCCCACGCAUGCCUACCGUGCCGUCGGGUCCGAUUCGUCGGGCGGCCCUGCAAGAUCAAGGGUACCCUUGUGUCUUGGGUAUCGCGCUUCUCGUCCUCUCCAUGUCCGGGAGCAUGCACUGGCCCCAGCUGGGAUUCGCAUCCUCUCGGGUGUCCCGCGCAAGGACAGAUCUCACGCGCCACCUUCCCCCUCCAAGAGGCCCCCGGACUGCUUCGAGAGGGCUCGAAUUGGCUUCGGAGCCUCCCGGGGAUGCCCCCGGAGAGGCCAACAGCCCAUCAAAGAACUACAGAUGUGUUUUCAAAGAUGUUUGUGCUCUCGCCUCUUCGCUCCCGACGUGUUCCCCGAUGCCCUUG